CUGCGUGUGAGAACGCUGAAAAAUAGAACGAUUGAAAUGUUCAGAGGACGUUGACCAGGACGUAAUGGGCAUGCUACGACAUCCUCAAUUCGGGAGCAAGGUGCCAUUAGGACAACACAGCAGCGGGACCGCGAAUGAAUGUGCCACUGCUCCCUGGUGGCUGUCAGAACCUGUAAUGUACACAUCCUAAGUGCCAAAGUGACAGCACUGAACUUCACCCUGUCGAGCUGCCAAGCAAUGAGCAGUCUUCACUACAAUACGUUUUUGUCAAGAUGUUUUCACUCUUUUCUUGACUUCCAGUGACAGUUACCAGGCUUGUGUGGGUGGCGUCACACAGACAUACUGUACAGUAUAUGGAAGCCAUCAGUACAGCAAAACACGUGGUUUUCUUCACCUCACAGAACCCCCACCAACCUGAAACCUGUGACAUUUCUGAGAAACCGUUCUUGGUUUCGUGAACCGGGUUGAAUGGAACACCUUUCUCACACACACUAUACUAGAGAUCUCUUAUCUGGAACUCAUGGAAACCUCAGGCUGGAAUUCACCGCUGCGAUACAUUGCGAUAUUGCUUAUAUUUCUUACAACGUCCAGCAAAGGGUCCGAAUGUGAGCCUCCUUCAAGUCCCCAGUGCUUCAGAAGAAACAACGAGGCAACUGUUUAUGACUGUGAAUGGCAUAUGAAUACAACACAGAGGGAUGUGACAUUUGACCUCCACUUCAGCAGUGACAUAAUGUUUGAGAACAUUCAAGAAACCCGCAAAGAGAUCAAUGAGGAGGAGCUGAUCAAAUAUAAACGUGUUGAGAUUUGGGUGGAAGCUCAAGUAGGAGAUUCUGUGUGCACCUCAACCAGCACCUCUGCCGUACUCAACGAAACAGUUAAAUUUGAAGUGCCACAAAACAUUUCAGUGGCCUGGUUUCAAAACCACCUCAACGUGACCUGGAAGGCUCCAGAGAAAUACCCGGCCUUGGCUGAUGUCUGGUUCCGACUCGAUGAGACCAAGCUGUGGGAACAGAGACUGAACACCACACAGUUCACACACAGUAACAAGCGAUACCAUGUACUUGUUAAGAAUCUGCAAAAGCGUACAUCCUACCAGCUGAAACUCAGACAUCGGACCAAAGUGACCCGUAACCCGCUGUGGAGUGAUUGGUCUCCACUCAUAAUUGUUCCUGCAGAGCUUGAAGAUAAACUGGAGGUUAAUGUGACGGUGAAGAAAUUAAAAGGUGCAAGGAACGUCACACUCGUGUGGAAGCCAGUUCCCCGUGUAGCAGCGGUACCCGAAGUGAACUACAUCCUGAGGGACACUCAGUCUUCCGGAGGAUGUCCUUGCGUGAAGACCCAUCCCAGCGUCAGGACUGAGUACACAGAUUAUGUUUCCUACGCACCGGUCAACUUUUCUGUUACUGCCACAAAUGCAGCAGGCUCUUCUCCCACAGCCAUCGUACGCAUACCAGCAGAACCUACUCAUGAUUUAAAACCUUGCAAUAAAACACUACUGGAUAAAAAACUGAACAAGACCACCUGCCUCGAGUGGUAUAAAGAUCAAGACGGAGAUUUAAGGCUUGUGGCAAGGAAGAUUAAAAGAAACAUGAAGGGUUUUAGAAACAGUAUUGAGGACUACGUGGGUUACGUUUACUUUGAGCACCUGUGCAUCAAUGAGAGGCCAAAGACAGUACAAAUGUGCCGCUUUUAUAAAAAUGAAAAUGUUCCAAAAACAGCCCCCCAAGACUUAUUCCCCUAUGAUGAAACCCAUAGCUCUGCGUCACUGUCCUGGAAGGCCAUUCCCGCCGAGGAUACGCGAGGUUUCCUCACACACUACAAUGUGUGCAGUUUGCAAAUAAAUUCCGGGGUAGAGCACAAACAAUGUCACAGCGUACCAGCUUCCUCAGUCGAAGACCAUCUGGUCAACUUGACUCCAGCAACAAAAUACAACAUCACAGUGGCCGGAGUGACACGAGCAGGAGAAGGUCCGAAGGCCACAGUAACGUUCAGCACGCAUCCAAUGAAUGCUAUGAAAGGAUGGUUAAAACUUGGCCUGGUUAUGGGGUUCCUGUUCACCUUCCUUUUAAUAGUGUGCACGUGUGUCUGGAAAAGAAUGAAAACGAAGAUACUUCCUCCAGUACCAAAGCCCGUGGUUUGGCAAUUUGACUCUCAUCGAUCACUGAAUGGGGUGAAGCUGGAGGAGAAUGACGAGGUGGUGCAGGAUGUUACACUGCAGCUGCUGUAGCCGAAGGACCGCGCUCAAAGGGAAGAUGCAGAAGGGACCAUCGUGUCAUCAAAACUUUUUAUCGAGCGGACAAGGAUGUCUUACAGGAGCAGCGACGAUGCCAAAUAUGGAAUCUGGAUCAGGAUCUGCUUGCCUCGCUGCUAUACGGGAAACGAUUGCCAUUUGAUACAAAGACGGACUAGUGUUGCAUUGAUUACUCUGCGAUCAUGUAUUGAGUAUUUCCUCCAGAACUGUUCAGUCACCGUGCUAUUUCACUUUACUGCAUGUGUCACACCACCUCCUUCUCCAACCACAGAACACCUCCAAAUAUGACAGCCUCAAGGUGGAGGUUUAGC